AAGGUUGCUCAGUCAGCACCUUCCUGCAGGUGUAGGACAGUAAUCAAUAGAGGGUUGCCUGCUGCUGCUCCUCAUGUGACAUACCAGGGGACAGAGCCCUAGCACCAGCAGCAUCUACAGCAGUGACAGCUGAGCAGCACAAGGAGGAGGAGCUGCCUCCUUCCCAGACAAUACAAUCUGCACACACUGUAUCAGCUCUAAACAUUGCAUGUAUAACCCCCCUGUCCACAUCUCUGCACCGCAUACAUGUCAUUCUCUGGGCAUCCAGGCCAGCACCUGACAAGCAGCAGCUGCUGCAGCACCCAGCAUUUCAGAGGACAGCCAGACACAGCUCUGAUCACCAGCAAGCAGCCUGACUAUUUCCAUUGCCUGCAUCCCUGUCUCUGCCAUCUGAUCCUGAAGGAAGGUCUGAUGCUUGUUUGUUCUUCCUCUAAAUCAUAAGUGUAAAGAUUCAGAAGAGUCGACUUGGACGAUGCCUUCUGAGAUAUGCCUCAGUAUUCAAGAAAUGCUAACGGGUCACAGGCAUUGCCAUUCUAUGUCACAUAAAGAUUCUGUCCUGUCUGCAUUAAACCAACAGAGGAAUGACGGCAUUCUCUGCGAUGUUACUCUUGUUGCUGAAGAACAAAAGUUUCAUGCCCACAAGGCUGUGCUGGCUGCGUGUAGCGAUUACUUUCGGGCAAUGUUUAGUCUGUGCAUGGUGGAAAGUGAAGCCGAUGAAGUUAACUUGCACGGUGUGACCAGCCUUGGAUUAAAACAGGCCCUGGAUUUCGCCUACACUGGGCAGAUUCUUCUAGAACCUGGAGCAAUUCAAGACGUACUGGCUGCUGGUAGUCACUUGCAAUUACUGGAGCUCUUGAACCUCUGUUCCCAGUAUCUUAUCCAGGAACUAAAUAGCUUUAAUUAUUUGGACUUGUACAAACUGGCAGACCUUUUUAAUCUGACCUUACUGGAGGGAGCAGUGGUGGACUUCCUGGUAAAGCACUUGUCUGAACUUCUGAAGUCUCAUCCAGAAGAAUUUCUUGCACUACCUUUCCGUCUCCUCAGAGAAGUUCUGAAGAGCGACCAGUUAACAUCACUUAGCGAAGAACAAAUAUGGCAGUUGGCUGUAGGAUGGCUGGAGCAUAACUGCCGUUAUCAAUACAUAGAUGAACUGCUGCAGUAUGUACGUUUUGGCCUCAUGGAUACAAAUACACUUCACACUGUCACCCUUUCUCAUCCUUUGAUCCAAGGUAGUGAAAAGGCAACAGGACUUAUAAAUGAAGCCUUGGAAUACCACGAAAAUAUCUAUGCACAGCCAAUAUGGCAGACCAUAAGGACAAAACCACGCUUCCAAUCCAGUACCCUCUACAUUGUGGGUGGUAAAAAGCGGGAAAUCUGCAAAGUUCGUGAAUUAAGAUACUUUAAUCCUGUUGAUCAGGAUAAUGUUCAUAUAGCAGGAAUAGCAAACUGGAGUGAACUGACUCCCAUGCCAAUAGGACGGAGUCACCACUGUGUCGCAAUCAUGGGGGACUUUCUGUUUGCUGCAGGUGGGGAAGUUGAACAUGCUACUGGUCGUACUUGUGCUGUGAGGACAGCUUGUCGAUACGAUCCUCGAAGUAAUACGUGGAUUGAAAUUGCUCCAAUGAAAAAUUGUCGGGAACAUUUUGUCCUUGGGGUAUUGGACAAUUGUCUUUAUGCGGUGGGUGGUAGGAAUGAACUUCGACAGGUGUUACCCUCUGUAGAACGAUACUGUCCAAAGAAGAACAAGUGGACUUUUGUACAGUCUUUUGAUAGGUCUCUUUCAUGUCAUGCUGGAUGUGUAGCAGAUGGCCUUCUCUGGAUCUCAGGAGGAGUAACUAACACUGCACAGUAUCAGAACAGGCUGAUGGUAUAUGAUCCCAACCAGAAUAAGUGGAUUAGUCGCAGUCCUAUGCUGCAGAGAAGAGUUUACCAUGCAAUGGCAGCAGUCCAAAGAAAGCUUUAUGUCAUGGGAGGAAAUGAUUUAGAUUACAAUAAUGACAGGAUUUUGGUGCGGCAUAUAGAUUCCUACAAUAUCGACAAUGACCAGUGGACGCGCUGCAAUUUCAACCUGCUUACAGGACAAAAUGAAUCUGGAAUUGCAGUACAUAAUGGAAGAAUUUACUUGGUUGGCGGUUACUCUAUUUGGACAAAUGAAUCUUUGGCGUGUAUACAGGUGCUGGAUGUCAGUAGAGAAGGCAAAGAAGAAGUUUUCUAUGGGCCUACACUGCCUUUUGCCUCCAAUGGUAUUGCAACAAGCUUUCUGCCUGCUCCUUACUUCACGUGCCCUAACCUGCAGACUCUACAAGUUCCUCACCACCGGAUAGGCAGCGUGUAAAAUGACUAAUAACAUAAAAGGAAAGCUGUAAAUGCAGCAACAGGGUGUCAAAUGCACACCCUCUCAUGCCAGUGCAAUACAUAUCUAUCAGCAUUUCCAGUGAUAUUAAGCCGACCAAUAUUUAUGCCAUAAGCAUCAAAAAGUAGAUUGUAAGCUCUUUUGGAGCAGGGAAUCAUUGUGCCUGAAAAUUAUGUAUAGCACUGCAAUUUUUUUUUUUUUUUUACACAAGGAUUUUAUUUCAUGAGCAACAGUGAAUAUGCAAAAUGCUGUUAUUUUACGGUCUCUAAAUAUUUCUAAUCAACAGCAAAAUGUGUAUAGUUACUACAUGCACUGCAUUUUAACACAGCCCCUUCUUUUCACAUCAUCUGUUCUUGUGUCCUAUCCUAUAAACUUCUAUAUUUGUGAAACGUGAACAAUGAUUUCUCAAGGGCAAUACAGCAUUACAUAUGCAACUGACUUCAUGUAUCUGAUUACAAAUGGAAUGUCAAUGUAUUGGUAAUUUCAUUCUGUCUGUACAUAUUGUUCCAUAUUGUUCCAUAUUGCUCUGUUCUUACGGUAGGUAUGGAGUGAAAUUUUGCAUUGAAAUCCAUACUAGCGUAAAGAAAAAAAAAGCAACUGUGAUAACUGUUGCAUUGUGAACCCAUCACCUUUGCUGCUAAGAAGCUACUGAAUAGCACACCCAAGUGCAUACAAAUAAAAUUAUACACUGUCACAUUA